AAAAGAUUCAGUAUCAUCUGAAACCAAAGGGCAAAGGCCUUGAACACUAGGAAGACUGACAAUGGAAGAGCCAUUUCUUAUAAGAGAGGAACAGUUAGUCCCCAGUACAAGGACAUGGCACAGAGGUCAGCUCACCGUGGAGCUGAAGAAAGUAUGCCGCUUGGCCGCUCCUAUGGCCACCGUGACCAGUGCUCAAUACCUUUUACCUGUCAUCUCAGUCAUGGUGGCCGGCCACAAUGGGGAGCUUCAGCUCUCCGGCGUCGCUCUUGCCACCUCUUUCACAAACGUCUCCGGUUUCAGCAUUAUGUAUGGAUUAGCGGGUGCUUUAGAAACUCUCUGUGGCCAAGCUUAUGGAGCUAAACAAUACGAGAAACUCGGAACCUACACAUACUCUGCAAUCGCCUCCAAUAUCCCAAUCUGUUUCCUCAUAUCAACUCUUUGGAUUUACAUGGACAAGCUCUUGGUCUCUCUUGGACAAGACCCUGACAUCUCAAGAGUCGCUGGCUCCUACGCCUUUUCGCUCAUACCGGCUUUGUUCGGACAAGCCAUUGUCAUACCACUGACUCGGUUUCUUCUGACGCAAGGGUUGGUUCUUCCCCUUCUCUACUGUGCCGUAACCACCCUUUUGUUCCACAUCUCCGUUUGCUGGAUUUUGGUUUUCAAGUUUGGUCUGGGAAGCAAUGGAGCUGCUUUGUCUAUUAGUGUGUCUUUCUGGUUCUAUGCUGUGAUACUCGCAUGCUAUGUGAGAUUCUCCACCUCUUGUGAGAUGACACGCACCUUUGUAUCCGAUGAUUUUGUGUCCUGUGUCAAACAGUUCUUCCAUUACGGAGUUCCAUCAGCAGCAAUGUUGUGCCUAGAAUGGUGGCUUUUUGAGCUACUCAUACUCUCCUCAGGACUACUCCCAAACCCGAAACUUGAGACCUCUGUUCUUUCAAUAUGUCUUACAACAGAAACAUUGCACUAUGUAAUUUCAAAUGGAGUUGCCGCGGCUGUGAGCACACGCGUGGCAAACAAUUUGGGAGCUGGGAGUCCUCAAGUUGCUAGGGUAUCAAUAUUGGCAGGGCUUUGUCUCUGGUUUAUAGAGUCAGUUUUUUUCAGUACGCUUCUCUUCACAUGCCGGAACAUCAUAGGCUACGCAUUCAGCAACAGCAAAGAAGUCGUGGACUAUGUCGCGGAUAUAUCUCCUUUGCUCUGUCUUUCCUUCAUCCUGGAUGGGUUCACUGCAGUGCUUAAUGGUGUAGCUAGGGGAAGUGGGUGGCAACACAUUGGAGCUUGGAACAAUGUGGUGUCUUAUUAUCUGGUAGGAGCUCCGGUUGGACUUUACUUAGCUUUCAGUCAUGGGUUUAAUGGAAAAGGAUUGUGGUGCGGUGUUGUGGUUGGAUCCGCUGUUCAAGCAACUAUUCUGGCUAUCGUCACAACUUCCAUGGAUUGGAAAAAACAGGCUGAGAAGGCAAGGAAGAGAAUAAUCUCUAGGGAAAAUGGAUUAGCUUAAACGAAGAGUGUUUCUUAAUUAAUACAUAUUGAGAGAUACGAAGGACUUUGAUUUUCUUCAGUUUUGGUAUACAAAUGUAAUUGUUUUCUUAUAAACAAGUGAAUUAAAAAAAACAACAUCUCGGUUA